UUGCCACGAUGGCCGAGGAGACUGAUACAAACGAUAAAGCAACGAUGGAAAGUAUAGCGCAAAAUAUACUCGAGGUCAGUACCGGAGGUGGAUCUGCGUCGAACGAAGUAGCCGCAUUAGAGUUUCAAGCUUCUCAAGUAAUCUCGAGGCUCGAGGAAGCUGUAGAGAGGGCAGCCGAUGGUGGCGGUACCACUUGGAACAAUCCCUCGGGGUUUCUCUCGCAAUCGAAAACUUCGGACGAGAUAUUAACUUUAAUUCAGGAUUUAGUAAUUCACGAAGACGCUCCACAACUAGUCAAAGACGGUUCAACGGAAACGGCAGCGAGUCAAAUAACCACUUUACCGACAUUAACAGAGCCAGCAAAAUUAGCGUUAAUUGCACACACUAUUUCUGCUUACGCGCUUGCACUUCCAAAAUCUCACGCUCAGAGACUAGCUGGUCGAUUGGCCGCCGAUACGACCAGAUGGUUAAGUCAUAUCUUCCGUUUUGUCGAUUGUGCCUCUUCAUUUCACGAGGAUCACCUGGAAGGUUUGGUCAGAGUUACAAGAUUAGCUCUACACCGAAAGUAUCCUCGAUAUAUGGAGGAAGGUUUCACAGCCCUUGCAACUUCUCCACCUUUAAUUUACAGUUCUGUGGCAGCACCUUUAGGUGUGGUUCAACACCUGUGCAAGCAGCUCUCUUUGCCACUCCAUUGUGUAAGGCCCAUCCCCCAUAACACAAUGUUCGGUUCCCGAUAUAGUAUGGAUGUGUCAGCACUGGAACGUAGAUUGGUAGAAGAUACACAGUCAAGUAGUGUGACACCGCUUCUGGUACUAGCAGAAGCAGGUUCAGUAUUAACCGGACACUGCGAUAAUAUUGCUAGAUUACGUGCAAUUUGUGACAAAUAUAAUGUUUGGCUCCAUCUCAGAGGUCAUUCAUUAGCUGCAUUAGCAUUAAAUAAUUCUGCAAAGGAUUUGCCUUCGAAGAUCGCAGAUAGUGUUACAUUACUUCUUGGAAUAUGGCUUGGUAUACCAUCCUUGCCAGUAGUUACAUUAUAUAGAUUAACAGAUACAAAGGGAGGUCGUCCAACUCCGAGAGACACAACUUUAUCUUUGGUUUCGGGUUUAAUGACUGAUUCGUUAUCGAAACGUUUACCAACUUUGCCAUUGUGGGCUGCAUUGCAAGUCUUAGGUAGAGACGGUGUACAUAAUAGGUUGAAGAGAUGUUUCUUAGCUGUGGAAGAAUUAUACAAUAAACUUAAGAAAUUUUCUUGUAUAAGGAUAUUGAGUCAACUACCUGGCGGUGAAACAGGGUCCUACACUAUAAACGAGCUUUUAACAAAUCCCGUGAAUAAUCCACAGCUAUUCGAAGCUGUGGCCAGUGCAUUAGUAUUCCAAUUUGUGCCUGCGGAUAGGGAUCCACAGACAACAGAACGUGUUCCUCCUUAUUACGACAAACUUAAUUCCUGGUUAGGACAAAUUCUACAACGAGACAUCGAAAACGUACAAAUAGAGCUGUGUGAAAUAGAACAUCACGGUAUUGCUAUUCGCAUUUGUCCUUUAGAGAAUCCAGAACAACCUCCUUCAACCGAGGAUAUAGAUAAUGUAGUAGCUUGUUUGGAACAACAGAUAGAGAUAUUACAAGCAACGGUUGAACAUAAAGCAACAUUUGUGCGAUUGGUUUCGGAAAAUGAUUCUUUACAUUUGGUAGAAAUGCCUGGUUGGGCUGGUUUAGGCGGUGUACGAUACGCACCUCCUACUUGGAUCCAUGUCAUGACUGAUCAAGCGAAAGAGGAAUUGAACAGAUUAAAUACGCAGUUGGUUGAAGCUUUGCGGAACACAGAUGCGGCAUUUUCUUUAGGGGAAGGAGCCGAUGGCUUAGCUUGUGUUCGAUUCGGAAUGGUUACGCAAGAUACAGAUGUGGCCGAAUUAUUAUCUUUAGUUCUACAAGUUGGCCAAGAAGUGGAAGCAAGUUCUAAAUUAUUGGAUACUAUAUCUGAAGUGGUAAAAAGAGGUAUCGAAGCAGCGCAAACAGACUUGGAAAGAGAAAAUGCAGAGAAAUUAUGGCAAGAAGGUAUUCUUAGACAUGUCCCUGUUGUGGGCACUUUUGUCAAUUGGUGGAGUCCUCCAUCAAAAGAAACUGGAGUUCGUGGACGUAGUUUAAAUUUACAAGCUGGAGUCGUUGAGAGUACAGAAAACAUUUACAAGUAUCACAUGCAGUUACAACCUAACUCCACGGUAAUCAAUGGAUCUGGUGCUAGAACUCCACCACAGCCUCUUGUACAAACUCCAGUUGGUACAAGUAGUCAAAGUCACAGUCGUUCAUCGAGCCAUUCUAGUGUGCAGAGCGACAAUAGCAUCUCUGUGAUCACAAAUACUGCCUCUCAUCCCCCUCUUUCACCAGUGAAAGAGGAAUCUAACGAAGUGAAGUCGUAGUGAACCGAGAAUACGGUUAAUCGAUAAAAAAUUCAAUUCAUUAAAUUCAAGUUUGCGGACUUGGCAAAGGAACAAUGCUCUAGGUGAAACGAUCGAACGUUUCCGGUAGAAGCUACCCUUUACAUUCGCAGAGCACAGCAAAAGAAUUAGCAUCCCUAAAGCGAUACGUUGAAGAGCUUGAUAAGUUGACAAAGGUAAAGAUGCGCUGU